CCGACUUUAGAGACUUUGAAGUGAUAAUAUAAAUAUUAUUCUGCAUAAUUUAUUCGACAUUCGAGUUGACUGUUUAGUAAUUUUGUAUUAUUUACCCACUGCAUUAGUUGUCGGUUUGUAAUGUUUGUAUAAGUAUUUUUUGCUUGAAAUUCGAUGACGCACUAUUCGGCUCAAAAUAUAUUUAUUACUGGUUGGCAUUGGAUUCGCUGAGUGUACCGACAGACUUGUCUUCCUCAAUUUCUGUUUGUAUUUGGCAUUUGUUCAAUUUUUCAAAACUUUAUGCUUGCUUUAUCAUGUAAGAUCUAGCUCGGUUGGACGAAACGAAAAAUAAUAGCGAAACAAUAACAUGAUCCCGGUCGGGAUACGGUUGAUACUCGCCGGUCUGACCGUUGUCACAUUGCAAAUAGGAAAUGUGUCGACGGCGCCAACCGAGAAAACUGUCAGUCAACUUAUGAUGUCAUCUGCCAACAAGUCUAUCAAAUUUGGUCUAUUGAACUAUUUCAAAGAUCUAAAACUCGACGACUUUUGCAAUUUUCCAUUACUGGACGUCAACAACUUCAAGAUGGUAGAAAAUGAAUUUACUUUUCAGUGUUUUUGUACAGUAAUUUACAACGUUAGCAAUGAAUUCGAACACAGUGUGGUGAAUCCCAUCGACUUAGAAGUAGCAAUUAACAUAACUAAUGAACACAAGUUUAAAGAUGAAACCAUGUAUGGCGUGUGGAAAAAUGUAACUGAAAUCUCACAACCGAUGAAAUUACUUAUGGAUCCAUUGAACAAUAUAGCCAAAUGGAAUAAAGUCUGUUAUAAUUUGAACAAUGAAUUGCACACGUACUGUAAAUUUUUAAAUGUAGAGUUGUUACUCUUACACGAUAGCCGUUUGGAAAAGUCUAAAACAUCUAUAAAAAAAAAUAUUAUCAAUUCAUCAAAAAACCUUAAAGAAUCAGUUGUUCCUAGUGCCGUUAUUGAAGAUCCAAAAAAACCUGAGGGCCUACCUCAAAUUGAAGUUGAUAAAUCUCCUAAAAAUAAAGUAGACGCAGACGAUAAUCAAAAAUUAGUUGAUGUCAAUAAUGAUAGUAAUAAUGACGAGGAACUCCCGGCAGAAGUACCAAAGGAUAAUAAUACUAACCUUGAAGAGGAUGAAACUGCCACUGAAGAUGAAAAACAAAUUGAAGAAUUAGAGGCCCAAACUCCAAUUGAUUCUAAACCUGAUUCAAAAUCUAGUGUUGAUUAUCCUAAAGAGAAUGAUGGUACCAUUAACCAAUCAGAGACCAAAGAGGUUGUAUCAAGAUUGGGUCUUAAGCCUAAAUUUACAAAUCCUGCGUUUGGCGAUACGGAAGACUCACACUUCCUUUUCUACUUCAGCAUAAUGACUAUACUAUCAAUGCUGUUUUAUUUAGCGUUAUACAAUAAAAAAAAAAUAAUAGCACUUUUAAUUGAAGGGCGGCGAAGUACUAACCACAGAAGGCGACCAAAUACUUCAAGUUAUUCAAAAGUAGAGACUGAUGACGGAUCAACUGUGUUUUGAUGAAACGUAUUAUCUUUAGCGAUUUAUAUUGCAAAAACAGAAUUAGUUGUAGAUUCUCAAUGUUGUGAUGUUGAGUGGUUAUUGAUUGAAGAAUUUCCUAUAACAAUUGUCGAAUUUGUAAUGGGAGAUAUAUAUUAAUAAGUUAGAAAAAAACUGUGAUGAAAAUAUGUGUACAUAAAUUUUAUGACUUUUUUUAGGAACCUUUAGUUUUUAUUUUGGUAUUAAUUAUAAACUGUGGAUCUUUACUUUUUAACUGUCCAAAAAAUAAAAACAAAUACUUAAAUGUGUAAUAAGUGCAUAGUUUUGUCUUUUGUAUUAAAAAAAAAAGAGCAUUUUAUAUAAUAUACUUAAUACAUCUCUAUAUAUAAAAGUAAAAUGAUCAUCUA